AUGGUGGAAAUGGCUUUCGAUCCUGAAACGAACCGUUUGGAAUCUAGCACAGUCUCUGGGCAGUGGCCAAGGGGGUUUCCGUCCCGCCGAGUCCUACAGAAAGUAUCUCGCGGAGUGGAUUGUACCGAAGUGCUACGUGGCGUUUACGGGAGUUGUAGCGGAUGUUCAAUUUUCGCCGCUCGGUACCGUACUUCUCGCUACACUUGCACGCCUAUCAAAUUCACUCGAAAUUGA